AUGGGUGAUAAAAUUUUUGAAUUGGAAAAGUUACUUAUGAUGGCUACUUUUGUUGUAGUUGGAGUUAUAUCUUUGCCAGAAAUUUAUGACUCUGAAACUCUAUUCAGUCUUGUUCAAAAUAACAUUUGUCUAAGUUCAACUUCAGAUUCACUUGGCACAAUUCAUCAAAAAUAA